AUGUCUCAGGGAGAAGGUGCCGGUAGCUAUUUUGCCAAAGGAUACUUUGCCAUGCCUAUUAUGACCCCUGUGAUACAGGGUGGAAUGCAGUGGGUCGCCUAUGCUGAGCUCGCCGCAGCCGUCAGUAAUGCUGGGGCUCUUGGAAUCCUUUCAGCUCUCAGCCAACCAACCCCGGCAGCCCUGCGAAAUGAGAUCCGGAAAUGCCGCUCUCUAACCUCGAAACCAUUUGGCGUCAAUCUAACAAUGUUGCCGGCUCUCAACCCCCCAGAUUAUCUUGCAUAUGCACAAGCUAUCGUUGAUGAAGGCGUUCAAAUAGUCGAAACAGCUGGCUCGAACCCGGCAUCGAUCAUCGCUCCACUCAAAGAAGCUAACAUCACGAUCAUCCACAAGUGCACUUCGAUUAGACACGCUAGGUCUGCUGUAAAGCUUGGUGUUGACUUUCUGUCUAUAGACGGGUUUGAAUGUGCAGGCCAUAUCGGAGAGAACGAUGUCACGAAUCUUAUUCUGCUGAGCCGUGCCAGACAGGAACUCGGGAUCCCCUUCAUUGCGUCUGGUGGCUUUGCAGACGGGUAUGGCUUGGCUGCUGCACUGAUUCUUGGCGCGGAAGGUAUCAACAUGGGAACGCGAUUCUUGUGUACAAAGGAGGCCCCGGUCCAUCACAAUGUAAAACAGGCAAUCAUCGGUGCCAGAGAAACCGACACCACUCUUGUCCUCAGAAGGUGGAGAAACACUUCUCGACUCUACGCCAACAAGGUGGCGAAGGAAGUCUUGAAAAUUGAGGAAAAGAGCAAAAUAGCGGACUUUGAGCAGGUUGCGCCGCUUGUCAGCGGGCAAAGAAGUCGACAGGUAUUUAAAGACGGAGACGUUAAUUCCGGAGUUUGGACAGCUGGUCAGGCCAUAGGGCUCAUUCAUGAUAUUCCAACUUGUGCAGAACUGCUCAGUAGGAUGGAUAUGGAAGCUGCUGAGGCUAUAAAGCGUGUAGCAGCUUCAUACGAUACUUUUUUGCAGAAUCGGGAAACUUAG